AUGUUUUCAGCACGGACUUUCCGAGCUAGCGGUGAGGAGAACUUCAUAACCCCUGCCGAGUUCACUCAAAAGGCCAGGGAAGACGUGAAUAAAAGGCUCCAAACCUUUCAACAAAACCUCAAGCCAAAUCUCAAAUAUGGAAGUUCCCCAUUACGGAACAAUUCAAUCACAGCAUCUAGUUUGGAGGUGACUAAUAGCUCAGACGAUGCAGUGAGCAUGGAGAGCGAAAAGUCGCAGUCCAGUUUGCAGCCUAAAAAGAAGAAAUACUUUGGAUUUUUGCACCGGACUAAAAGCAAUGAAUCCUCCAAGUCAAGCCGACUGAGAAGCGGAGAGUCUCUCUCGUCAAUAACGGAAGAUUCCGUGUUGAUGGAUGUCGAUUCCGAGCAAACAGAUUCUUCACAUGAACUUCACAGGAUCAACACCAAUACCAGUUGUCCCUCUAUUCCUUCAGUUUUCACGAAUGCGUCCGAUAUAACCGCAAAUUCUUCUGUGCUACAAAAUUCGCUGUUUUCGAACCAGCUCUUCACCGUGUACACCGCUUCAACGGAAGAAUCUGCAGCUGUACAUCCAUCGGGCGUCGGUUUAUCCGAUCGCUCGUUUGAGCUCUCCAAGGUCCUUCCACACGAUUACACCGACAUGUAUGCGCCGGACCUCGAAUCCGAGAGAUUCUCCAACGGAAGACCGGUUUUCACCAAAAGAGAUCUGAUCGACUGGGAGCUAAACGACGUGCGGUCGUUGCUGAUUGUGGAAUCGCUGAGACCCGAAUGGGAGGGUUCAUUACCGCAGAUCAACAGCGUUAUUCCGCUGAGACUACAGUAUAUUCCGCUGGAUUGUUCCGACGAAGUAUUUGCGAAUUCCUUGGUGGAAUCGGACAUCUACAAAGAGUCUAACUUUGAUGUUGGUUUCAGAUACAAAACGGCGAAGUACAUCGUCAGCUCGGCAAGACUGAGGCAUGCCUCGACUCUCAUUGAAGAAUACAGCAUUCCCAGAGAGUGUUUUGCCGAAGACGGAAACCUGCUCCCGGAGGUCAAGGACACAUACUACGCCCAUUUUUUUAAGUACGAGUGGAGAAACAUGAUCGAGAACUUCCUAUUGAACCUGGCUGUGGAGUCUCAAUGUCGCCAUGAUUUCAGGAAAGUGUGUCUAGCAUUGAAGAGAGAACGUGCUCGUUCUCAAUCCUCCCUUCAGACGGUCACGCCGCCCAAGAAAUCGCUUCUCCUGAAGGCCAUCAUGAGUUCUUCCGGUCCGGCUCCGUUGCCUACCUUGCCUCAUUCAAAACUGACGCACGAGGAGAAGACCCAUCUAUGGGCCAGCGUACAGGCAAACGUUUAUCGUCGGUUGAGUCUGGAUUGGAAGCCAGAUUUGGUUUCCGCAUAA